AAGUGCAAUAGCCGUUGACACAGCUGAAGACAACUGAAUUGGUUGAAAUGAGCUAUAGCUGUGUAUUAAGCAAUUGUGUUUUCCAGCGGAACGAGGGCACAGCGAAGGAUGUUAAAUAUAAUUAUGUAAAUCUCGGAACCUCCCUUGUUGAGAAAUCAUAGACUAAUUCACAAUGAACUUCCCGAUCAUCCGACCAUGAGUACGUUUAGACGAUGCAUUUUGACACGGUGACCUUAACGGCGUCAAUACGUGGGAAGCAAAUGAGCGGAGUCUCGCUCUCGUACUGCAUCGCAGUAGUCAGUGCAGCGACGAUGCUAAUGACCGUAUCGUGCGUUGUCUAACGAUAUAUUCUCGUCAUAUUCGGGUUAUACCAUGAUGGGAAUACUGUACGAGAAGAGGCCGCUGAAGAGGCCGCGGUUGGGUCCUCCGGAUGUUUAUCCGCAGGAACCGAAACAGAAGGAAGAUGAGCUCACCUCUACGAACGUCAAGCAUGGUUUCCCGACUAUGCCCCAGCUCUCGCAUGAGUUCGGCACAGCCAGAGAUUCUAUUGUCACUGCUGCCAAGGUUGGUGCAUACUUUAACGCUAUUCUUGCCAAAAAAGAAGAACUGGCGACAAUGCCUGAUACUGGUAGAAAGAGACAACAGAUUAAUCCUAAGGACAACUUCUGGCCAGUAACAGCCAGGACAAAGAAUGGUAUUGAAGCUUGGUUUAAAGAUCUUUCUGGCUGUAAACCAUUAGUUGCUCUUGCAAAGAAAGCACCAAAUUUUAAUAAAAAGGAAGAAAUAUUUAUGAUGCUUUGUGAAUAUCAAGUGCCGAUGCUCAGAGCAGCUUGGUUUAUCAAGCUCAGUUCUGCUUAUACUGUUGCAGUAUCAGAAGCUAAAAUAAAGAAGCGACAGCUACCUGAUCCAACCACAGAAUGGACAGGCACACUCAUAAAAUUUUUGAAGGAUCAGUUGUCAAAAGUGCAAGAGUACUAUCAUAUGGGCAAUCAUGUAGCUAGUACUAACAACAAUAACACUACACCAAACAAUUCCUGCAAUAGCAAUGGAAGUACCGGAACAAAUAAUAGCAACAACAACACCAGCAACAAUAGCAAUGUCAAUAAUAAUAAUGCAAGCAAUAGUAACGGAUCCACCAACAAUCAACCACCAACACCUACUUCAAGCAGUCAGCCUGCAACAGGUAACACAAUGAACGAGGAACACAAAUUGGCACUUAAACAAUGGCAUUAUUGUGUACAAUUGGCCAAGUACAUGUUUGAGGAAGGCUUACUUGAUAGACAAGAGUUGCUACAGUGGAUCUUAGAAUUGCUAGAUAAGAUUAGGUCCUCUCCCUCGGAAGAUGGCAUACUGAAACUCCUGUUACCAUUGGCUCUGCAAUAUCUCGAGGAAUUUAUACAGUCUGAACUAUUAGCCAGACGAUUGGCAUAUCUGUGCUGUCGUAAGCUGGCACAUAUGUGUAGCAAUGUUGAGACAAACAGCAACCCACAGAGUCCGUCCAUUACGAAGAAUGAAGUUAAUGGCAGUAAGGAGAUAGCUGUUGUAAUCCAAGGACCGCCGAAUCCCUUGACAGUUGCUUUCAAUGAUUAUUUAACUUGCGCGCACCACAGAGAUGUCAUUUAUAGUUUGUCGACCAUAAUACAGGUCAUCACAUUAGAAUGUCCCACGGCAUUGGUUUGGAAUAGCGUCGGCGAAGGGAAAGCACCGUCGGUUUUGAAUGGAUCGCCCUUGGAUUAUUUACCGUGCCCGCCCGCGGCUUUACCAUGUCCGCCAGCGAGUUCCGGCAAUCCUACGAUGAAACAACUCAGGAUCGCUCAGGAAAACAUAAGAGCCCGGUCGCAAGCGGCAGAAGGCAGAUGGUCGUGCGACAAAUGGCAACAGAGCAGUGCGGGAAUGACGACCACCAAAGUGUUAGCUGCAUUGGACGCUCUCGAUCGACACAGUUUCGACAAAAUGGACGCUGCUAAUUCACUGGACACGUUGUAUGCAAAAAUCUUUACACCACCACCGAAAGAUAGCUCUAAUGAACGUGACACAAAGACAGAAUAUAAUCCACAACAGGAUUCGGCAGUAGUUGAGAUUUUAUGCGAGUGGGCUGUGAGUGCCGAACGUUGGGGCGAGCAUAGAGCGAUGGCGGUCGCUAAGCUUCUUGAAAAGAGGCAGAGCGAGGCCACCGGCGAGACUAACGAUAACGAUGACAAAGAUAGCGUGUGCAGCAACGGGAGUCCGCCAGUACUACCGAUUUUCCAACCGUUGCUCAUGAAGUUCUUGGAUGUAGACGCGCCAGUAUUGGACAACACCUCAGCUCAAUCCAAGGCUCAGUUCACGAAUUUAGUUCAUCUGUUUUCCGAGUUAAUAAGGCACGAUGUAUUCUCUCAUGACGCGUAUAUGUGCACUCUCAUCUCAAGAGGUGAUCUCAUACAAGGUCCAGUAGCUAGCAAACCUGGUACACCGAGUAACAGGGAGCCGAUCGACGAAGAUAGUUUGUUCCCGGGUAUAGAUCUGAAACCGACUAAAUUGGAAGUGCCGGAUCACGGGCGUGCCAUGGACUACGAUGACAGUAAAAUCGAUGACGAUUUAGACAAGUUGCUGCAACACAUUAAAGAAGAUCAACAGAACAGUAUGGACGCACCAGAUAGUCCAAAGGAGGACGCAUUAACUGGUCAUGGUGGUCACGAGAGCCUCGACUCGAAAAUGCCGUCUAGCCAUAGCAGACAUUUAUUGUAUACCACUCACUUCCCAUUACCACAAGACGAGACGUACAGUCAGCACGAGUGCAAUCAGCGGCAUGUGUUACUGUACGGCGUUGGACGCGUCAGGGACGAGGCUAGACACGUCGUCAAGAAGAUGACGAAGGAAGUGUGUAAACUGUUCGGCAAGAAAUUUAGCAUCGACGUCGCGGAAGGCGGCAAGGUGAAGAAACAUUCUCGUAGUGAAUUCAAUUUCGAGGCUAUCACCAUGAAAUUCCAAAACUUGAGUUACUUCGACCAACACGUCGUGACGUGGCAAUGCGCGACGCAAGUGAUCGAGAUGCUGAAUACAUUCGCAUUAGCCGGUUCAUCGUAUUUACCGGUACAAGAACAUGUGGCCUUCCUGUUUGACCUGAUGGAACUGGCGUUGAAUAUAUACGGCCUAAUCGACGUUUGUAUACAAAUCCUGAAGGAGCUACCAGAAGUAGAAGCACAAUUAACAGCUAGAAAUAGUCAAUUAGUACGCAGUUAUACCACAAGUCUGAGUUUGUACGUCGUCGGCGUGUUAAGGAGAUACCAUUGCUGUUUGUUGUUGUCGCCUGAGCAAACGACAGCGGUAUUCGAUUUAUUGUGCAAGGUGGUGAAGCAUGUCUCAAAUCCGAGUGAUUGCAGCUCGGCCGAACGAUGUGUGUUGGCUCACUUGUACGAUUUAUAUUCGUCAUGUUCCCUCCUGAAGACGAAGCCACACGGCGUGGAGGCGUUCAGCAACGCUUAUCCGAAAAUUCGAACCGCUCUCUAUAGCGCGUUGCAGCCGACGCCUUCGAGUCAUGUUUACAACUCGCAGUUUAUGGUGGAUGUCUUCACCAGUCCACGAAGAGGUGGCAAAAUCGAGCCGCAAUGGGCAAGACAGCUCAACGAGACUCCGGCUAAUCGUUACAGUUUUGUUUGUAACGCGAUCGUCGCGGUCUGCAGUGAAACGGACAACGACAAAUUGAACGAUAUUGCCAUAACUUGCGCGGAACUCACUGCUUGUUGUAACGCGCUCAAUGCUGAGUGGCUGGGAGUACUCAUGGCGCUUUGUUGUUCCUCCAACAGUCCUGCUUUCUACAUCGACGUAUUGAAUCAAGUUGACGUACAAGAUUUAAGUAUACAUAAUUCUUUGGCUGUAUUCACAUCAAUUCUAAUCGCAAGGCACUGCUUCUCACUGGAAGAUUUCGUCGUGCACAUAGCGCUACCGUCCUUGGUGAAGACUUGCAACGACGGUCGCGGGGACGUCGAUAUGGAGGCGGAAGCUGGUGCACGUUUAACCUGUCAUCUACUGUUGAGACUCUUCAAGACCGUCGAAUGCCCGCAACCGGCUUUGUAUUCCGUUAGUACGAGUCCUCAUCCACUGCCAAGCGGAAAUUCACGGGGUUACAGUAUCAAAUUGAGUUGCGACAGACACCUGUUGGCAGCGGCGCAUAAUAAUAUCAGAGUAGGGCCAGUUCUGGCGGUGUUGAAGGCUAUAUUGGUUGUCGGUGAUGCCACAGCUGGCAAACAGCCCCCGAAGAAAGCCGAUGUACCCCUCAGUCAUUCUAGUAAAGGAGGUGGCCCUGCUAGCGUUGGGGUCGGGGUCGGCGUAAGUAGUAGCGGACCCGGCGAACUAUCGAUUAGCCACAUCUUGGGGACCAGCGAUAUCUUAGGUGGCAGCGACGACCUCGGUCUUGACCUGGCUAUGUCUUCGUCCAGCAGUAGCGCCGGAAUGACGACUGAGAACGUGAAAGGAUUCUCUGACUUUGCUCAUCAUGUUUUACGACAGAUCUGCAGUCAAGAAUGGGUGUUGGAGCGAUGCUUACAGAAUCCGGAGGAGCUUUGCCAUCAGGACAUGCUGCUAGAUACUAUGCUGACACCCCGGCAGGCUCAGAGAUUAUUACAUAUGAUCUGUUAUCCUGAGACCGCGACCGAGGCUUUUAUCGAUCAGAAGACUCAUAUUACCAACAUCUUAGAGAAUUUGGAGCAAUGGAGCUUGAGGAUGUCCUGGCUGGACCUGCAACUCAUGUACAAGCAAUUCACCCCAAGUUCCAACGAACUCUCUCAGUGGUUGGAUACAGUCGCGAAAGCCGCGAUCGACGUCUUUCAAUUGAAUAAUACCUUGAGCAACAAACCCGACAAAAAGUCGGGUUCCAUAUGGUUAGUGGCUCCGUUGGUUUCCAAAUUGCCGAGUGCGGUGCAAGGCAGAGUUCUUAAAGUAGCAGGACAGGUGUUAGAGUCUGGCAAUUGGUCCAAAGCAGCGGGACGCGAGAGAGGUCGGUCGAAAUCGCCUUCGUUGUUCAAUCAUCAGCCGUUCUUGUCGUUGGUACUGACGUGCUUAAAAGGUCAGGACGAUCAAAGAGAAGGUUUGCUGACGUCGUUACACUCGCAGCUCUCGCAGUUUCUGAAUACGAGUAAGGAAGAGAAACAGUGCUCUGAGGACCCCAAAACGCGGGAAGUUCUGCAGGAUGCACUGCAGUUGAGAUUUAGUCUGGUCGGCGGUGUGUUCGACACUAUACAGAGGAACACCACCGCUACGACGGACUGGGCAAUUUUAUUGGUUCAGCUGGUUAGUUACGGCGUCAUAGACUUGAAUAACAAUGCGGAACUGUUCACAACUGUCAUCGACAUGCUGGCGACCUUGAUUCAUUCGACACUAGUGUCGGACUCGCAGUCUGAAAAGGAUGAGAAUAAGAAGCAUUAUCAAAAUUUGAUGAAGAAGUUGAAAAAGGAAUUAGGCGACAGGAAUUCUCCGAGCAUUCGCUUCGUCAGGCAGCUCUUGCCCCUACCGAAAUUGACCAUGGAGGUUAUUGCUUGUGAGCCGGUUGGAUGUUUGACUGAUACCAAAGGCAACAAGAUCGCCGGAUUCGACAGUAUCGAUAAGAAGCAGGGUCUGCAAGUGUGCGAUUCGCAAAGAGUAUCAGCAUGGGAGCUUCUGGAAGGCCAUAAAAAUCCCGCGCCGCUUUCCUGGGCCUGGUUCAGAGCGAUCAGAGUGGAACGCAAACCGCUCACAUAUCAGAACGCGCAUAAACUUUUGCGUUACCAUACUCACAGUCAAAUACGUCCAGCUAGCCAUUAUCUGGAUCCACCGCCGUUACCGCCGGAGGACCUGGAGCCAGAUAAGAAGGAAUCAGAACCCGGGAAGGCGGACACGCCGAUGAGUAUCGACUCACCUGGUCGAGUUGGCGGUAGCGCCGGCAACGUCGGGGUUGGUAAUGCCGGCACCAACGGCAAGGGAAAGGCCAUGAAGACUAAACGGCACAACAGACGUACGAAAGCUGCUACUCCUACAACGCCUAUAUCACAGCAAAUGCAGCAACCACCAUCUCAGUUGCAACAAAUGGCAUUCAGCAAUCAACAAGCACCUGUCGCGCAACAACCUGGUAUGUUCACCGGACAGCCGCCGCAGCCUCAGCAACAAUGGUACGCCAAUCAGCAGGCACAUACACCGCAACAAUAUGGCUAUGGACAGCAGCUGCAACCUGCGCAAGUCAGCGGGCCUCGUUACGAGAGAUCGGGGAUGAAUCAGUCGAAGCAGGCUUUAUCGAAUAUGCUGCGAAUGCGGUUACCGUCGACGCAGUUUAUGGGCUCGCAACAACAGCCGAACGCUGCGCCGGGCCCAGUAGCCGGGCCGGGCGCGUUCCAAGGUAUGCAGAGGCAACAAUUCAUCAGGCAACAGCUGAGGGCGCAACACGGGGCACCCGGGAUGAAUCCGCAGCAGGGAAUGUUCGCGGCGCAACAACAGCAGCAACAACAGCAGCAGCAGCAGCAGCAGCAGCAGCAGCAGCAAGGAAUGUAUGCUGGAAUUCAACAAGGUAUGAAUCAAAACUACGCUGGAUACGGCGGGCAGCAAAUGAUACAGCAGCAGCAACAGCCGCAACAGCAACAACAGACGCCGCAGCAAACGCAGCAGCAACAGCAACAGCAGUUGUUGCAGCAGCAACAGCAACAACAGCAAGGAAUGUUGAAUCCACAACAAAACAUGAUGUUCCCCAAUCCACAACAAAUGAUGGGCCCACAACGGGGCCAGGAAUAUAUGCCGCAACAAAGAAUGCAACCAGGUGCUGCAAGACCGCCUUAUUUACAGGCGCCAAACGUAACGAUGAAUACGAUGGGACCAAUGGGCGGAGGCGUUCAAAAUCAACCGGCUCCUCCUUACCGGCAAUCCGCUGGGAAACCAGGUACGGUAGGGGUGACCGGAGUAGGGACGACCAACGUUAGUUUGCAGCAAAAUCAGCAGUUCCAACAGCAACAACAAGCGAUCAAUCAACAGCGCAUUAGGCAACAGAUGCUGGCCAUACAGCAGCAGCAGCAGCAACAGGCACAGCAGCAGCAACAGCAACAGGCGGCUCAGCAGCAACAACAGCAACAGCAAGGUGGUGCCGGCGGGCAACAACCGACUCCUCAACUCGUGACGCAUUUGCAGAGACACCUGAGCCAACCACCACAACAUUCCUACCAGCAUCAACCGCCACCCUACUAGAAAAGGAUAGAAGUAACGACAGAGAUACAAAAGAAAAAAAUUUAUUCGUUCGACGUGACGAACUUAAAGCAACAUACAGAAAACGAAGAUAGUGAGGUGAAUUUCAACUUUAUGGGUUCCCGACCCGCGUGAGUGAGUGAGACAGUGCCUGUGCAACAUGGAGCAAGAGACACGUCUCAGGUUCUACAGUCUUUAAGGCCCAUUGAACUUGCUGCAAUUUUUUACCAGUCAAUAUUUUACGUACUUUGCGCAUGUCGAGACGCUAUCGCGCGCGUCUCUCUUGAUAUAACGGACAUAAAAAAAAGUCACGGUAUUCUUCGACGCUCACGAAGAGACUCAAGCCGAACUUCAUACUUCAGGACUCCUUUUAGUAAACGAACAUUUUGAUAAUUGCGAUUAUAUCGCGGUAUUUCGACCACACGAACGGCCUUUGGUCGAGGCGUUCGAAGCCAGAGUGGAGUAAACCUAUAAUUGAUAAGGUCCACAUUAGAUGUGACGUCAUAUUUAAUCCUAGAUAAGUAAUGUUAUUUUUAGUCUGUUAUUAAUAGCGAUGAGCGAAAUGUGCUUGCAUACCAUAAAAUUGUUUUUAACGAUUUCAUAGGUUCCGAAACGGACUGUUGGGUAACUCGCAAAACUCCAUUUUAUAGAAGAUUUUUAAAACCAGCUGAUUGAAUAAUGAAUAAUUGAAGAAGAUGAGAAACGAAUUAAUGAUUAAAAAAAGUCGAAAUGGAUAAAUUUAUCAGCCAUUACUUAUACGAGGACAAAACAAACCUUAUAAAUUAUUGAUUUACACCACUUUUGCUUUUAAAGACUCGGUUAAUUAUAUAGAGAAUAAUUUGUACGAUCGAGAUCUUUUAUUAGAUGCCAAAAGUCGUGUUUUAAUAUUUUAUCGAGUCGAUAUGCUUUCUCGUAGUGAAGCGCUAUAAAGGAAUCGUAGACUGUAACAUAUUUUCCUUCUUUUUACGUAGAUUCUCGUAAAGUAUUAUUAUUAUUAU